UUGUGACGGCAGCCGAGUCAGAAACUGUCUUAGCUGUCAAAAGUCCUCCCACUACGUAAAGGAAGACGUGUUUGUCUAUGGAGUUGUUUGAGAUAUCUUUCGAAUGUACAGAUUAAUUUCAAAGUUAAAACCUUAAGUUAAAAUCGUGAAAAGUAUUUAGCAAUGUCUACCAGAAAAAGGAGCACAUCAGGUUCGAAAAAACAGCUGAAGGAGAAAAUCGUUCAAAUUUAUGAGGCAUUUUUUCGCGGAGAAGAUCAGGCUAGUGGAAAUUCAAACUUUUGGGAUGAAUUUUUUCUCCUAAAACCAAAAGUUGGUGUCAUAGAAGCAGAAUUGGUGAAACUUAACUGUGAACAGUUAAGUUUAAUCAAAGAGAAUUUGAAUACUUUAUUUUCAAAAUGUGUCUUUAUGUUGGGACAUGAACAUCAAAUGCGAGUAGCUCAUUCAUUGCAGACCCUGUGUGCCUUAAUUAAAGCUGGCUUUGCCCGUGCUACUGUAGAUGUAAACUGUGACAUAAUUGAACUUUUGAUUGGUGGAGGAGCUGCUGAAAUGCAAAUGCAGUUGCUAAUAGAGCAUUGCUCAGACAUUUUAACAAGUGAAUGUCCUGUUCCUAUCAAAGCACUCUGUCUUAAGAUGAUGAUAUUAGCCUGCUCUGGCAAUGACAACAUUGCACAAAACCCUUUUUAUGAGUAUCUUACUCAACAUUCUGUUUUUGAAUCUCUGGUUCAUAUACUUUGCCAAUCCCAAGGACGUUUGGAACUUGGACAGGAUGCUGUAUUGAUAGUCACUCUAAUGGCCUGCUACCGCAAAACUGGUAGCGCCAAUCCAUAUGUAGUUAAGCUAUCUAUGCUUGAUGACGAACUUGCAUUGACGGCCUACGCUCAAGUUGUCAUGGCCUCAUUAGGGGAAUUCAAUGAACGCUAUGUGCAAAGUCGGCAGGCGGAGCCCCAGUCGUCUUGGCUUUCCUCUUUAACUUCCAUGGUUGGAUCAAUGUUUGUUUCUGACGAAGCAGAGAUUAGAAUCGGACAAGUCAAAGCUAAUGAUGCAGGCCUGUUGGCAUUGUAUCAAGCCGUCCACCUCAAUAGGCACUUCGUUGGCAUUAUUGCGCAAAGCCUAGCCGACGUCAAUCCCCCAACAGCCACUGUGGAACAAAAUGAAACGGCCGAAGAAGCAAAUCAAUCCGAUAUUACAAACUCUAAUAAUACUGCUGGGGGCGAUAAAACAAACGUUACAUCGCCUCCUACUGUGGACGUCGCUAUGCCAACGUCUAAUCUCAUGGCCACCUAUUUGGAAUACUGUUCAAUAAUAAUGCAGGACACCCGUUCUGAAGCAGCCUAUCACAGCACAAAGCUUUGCUUCCUAAUACUAACCUGCGUUUCGGAAGAUGAAUACGCCAACUCAUUAAUGCAUGAUCCUGGUUUGACGUUUCGCGUUCCUCUACAUCGGUUGCCAAUGCGACACCGAAAGAGCUUGACUGAUAAAACACCACCGUUUAGGCCGUUGGUCUGCGGAUUAUUAGACUUGAUCAUUGAGUUUACCUUGAGCCAUCUCAUGAAAAAGUUCCCACACGAGUUGUAUGAAUUGGCUUUAGGUGUAGUUCUGCGUGUUUUGUGCCAUCAGAAGCGCUGCCGUUUGCGUUUAUCACUUUGCCCAUGGAAAGAACUCUGGGCAGCGUUGAUUGCUUUGCUCAAGUUUCUUCACGGUAGCGACUCUGCGUUAAUCCGGAAGUUUGACCUGUUCGCACUUGCCACUCAAGCCGUAAAUAUUUUAAACUUAUUCGUCACGUUUGGUGACACGUUUCUGCCCUCACCGCAGAGCUACGAUGACCUCUAUUAUGAGAUCAUCAGAAUGCACCACGUCUUCGACAAUCUUCACGCCAUGGCAUUACGUUAUUCAACGGGAGAAAAUGAAUUCAGGGAAUCAGCCGUCCGUCUGUCAGCCGCCUUGAUUAACGUUCGAGCAAUCGGCCAGCACUUCAAACCCAAAGUCGAGAUGUGGAUGGAAAGUCAAAAGUUGUCCACUCCAACCCAGGAUCAGAUCUUAGAGGUCGUUCGGUCGCAUUACGACUCGUUAACGCUGAAAUUGCACGAGAGUUUGGAUGCAUACGAACGUUACGCUGAGCGACCACCUGUAGCGGCUUUCCUCUCGUCAAUUCUAAGGAGUGUCGUCUCGGUCAUACGUUCCACAACUGAUCCGUCCUCCAUUGACGCCCAUCGCUUGCUACUCGAGUCCACGGCACCUACAACACCGACAUCACCGUCCGCACCACCAAACUGAAUUGUUGAUUCACCCAGUGAUUUCAGAUAUUUUAUCGUCGCCCCAUCCUGGUUAGGUAGACGGUGCCGUGUAUGUAGCAUACCAACAGAUUGAAUAUAAUACAGUAUACACACAUGAUCGUAAAA